AUGACGACGAGAAUACAGAAAAGGGUGAUGGCCAAAAAUAGGAAAAAGUACUCGAGCUUGGCUCUGAUUUUCGGAGUCAGCAUCUCAGAGAAUCUUUCCUGCACCCUUAUGAACGUCUGCUCGGGAUCCAUUUCAAUUCCAGCAGUUGCAGAAAGAGAUACGCACGGAGAGGGUCAAAUUGAUAAAUAUGGCCGCUUGAGCACAAGCUUCGACCUACAUUUCAUUUCGAAUUGUAUUAUAGAUAUGUCUUUAUCAAAUUCCAAUGAUAUCGUUAACAUACUAAUUGACGAGCACACUGAGCUGUAA